AUGGAUAAUUUUCCACCUCUGAUUUCUUGGUCAUGUGAUGAUAACGAUUCUGAUGAGGAUUUGAUUUUGUAUAUGUUGUUGUCCGUGGCACAAGACAUGGUACCUGAUAGGGGCGGAAGUUCAAACGUUGAGAAGAAGCAUAAAAAAUGGAUCAACCGGGAUCGAGAGGCGGCACAUGAACUUUUGGUACGUGAUUAUUUUGUCGUUGAUAGUUUAUAUGAUCUAUUGAAAUUCGAAGAACGUUUUCGUAUUAGUAGAAAUUUAUUUUUACGUAUAGCUAGAGAUUUGGUACGUAAUUAUGAAUUUUUCCAAUUACGAUGGGAUGCUAGAGGUAAACGCGGUAUUACUACGAUACAAAAAUAUAUGUCCGCUCUUAGACAAUUGGCAUACAGCAUCGCCGCAGACGCAUCAUAUGAGUAUCUGAAAAUGUCUGAAAGGAUGGGUCGAGAGUGUACAUAUCUAUUUUGUGAGUAUGUUAUAGAGAUUUACCGUGACAUAUAUUUGCGACAUCCGACUAAAAGCGAUGUCGAACAGCUGUAUGUCGUGCAUCAAGCUAAACAUGGUUUUCCAUGGAUGCUUGGUAGCAUUGAUUUUACAUAUUGGGAGUGGGCAAAUUGUCCCAACAAGUGGCAUGGUUUGUUCACGCGAGGUGAUCAUGGGGUGCCGACUGUUAUUUUGGAGGCGGAUGGUAAAGCACCAGAAAUGUCAUAUGUUGUCAAUGGAAAUGAAUAUAAAUAUGAGUAUCACAUAGGUGAUGGGAUAUAUCCAGAAUACGCUACAUUUGUCAAGUCAUACACAUUUCCGGCCAACAAUAAACGAAAAAUGUUCAAGUUAGUACAAGAAUCUGCAAGGAAUGAUAUAGAACGGGCGUUUGGAGUCCUCAAACAAAAGUGGCACAUAAUCAAACAUCCGGCACGAACAUGGGACAGGGAAAAAUUGACGACGGUGUUGACUGUUUUAAUACAAGUUGGCAGUCCGGCAUAUUUCUCAAGAGUUUUGGAAAUACAAAACCGUAAAACAAAUCACAAUCUACGACAUGAUUUGACCGAAUACAUAUGGGAAAGACAAUUCCAAGGGCAAAAUGACAGUGAAGACGAUGAGGAUGAUGAUGGUGACGAUGAAGAGGAUGACGAUGGUGGCGACGAGGAGGAUGAGGACGGUGACGACGAGACGGAUGAUAUCGGUGACGACAAUGACGACGAUUAG